AUGUUCGCUGUGGAUGCACACGAUCUCUCAGCUCCUCUGAGACAGAGACACAUCAUCCUAGCCAGGGUUGAUAAGCUCUUGAAGCCAGAGGACACGAUCUUUAAUCCGUCCGUUUGGGUUUUUCUCACACAGGUCCUGUCCGCAGAGCGCGUCUUCCCUGCCGAGAUCUUUCAGCGAACGACAAAAGAGCUGGAGCCGAGACGGUCAAGCAUGGACGUGCCCAGGAUGGCCGAGGGCCUCUUCAGCAGCACGCUGUCCUCGUCGGGGGGCGGCCACCACGUGCCUUCCUACCUGACGCUGGAGCAGAAGGUGGCCUUCGUCUUCGUGCUGCUGCUCUUCAUCUUCCUGGCCCUGCUCAUCGUGCGCUGCUUCCGCAUCCUGCUGGACCCCUACCGCAGCAUGCCCUCGUCCAACUGGACAGAUCACACCGAGAAAGACACGUUCGAUUACCGUAUCGUCUGA